AUGAAUAAUCCUUAUAAUGAGUUUAACAACAUUUGCUUGCAACUAAUGGCGGCUAUUCAAUCAAAAGAUACCGACAAUAAGACACGUGGUAAACUUGUUGCAAAUGUUGUAGAAAUCAUUGAAGAUAUUUUAACAAAGAAAGUUUUAUCACCAUCUCAAAAAGCAGUCCGGUCUGAGUUUGGAAAAAGACAUACAAGUGAGAUGGAAAUUCACCGCAGAAAGAAUUAUUGCAAAUUUAAAGAUAAAGAAGACAUGAUUCAAAACUCAGAAUCAUACAAACUAAUUAAAGAAUCCCAUAAAGGUAAUAUUCCAAGUGACUCAAUGCUUGUUGGAUACAUAAGAAUUUAUUGCCAAACCGACAACAUGACUGUACCUCGCGAAGCUACACGCGAUAAGCUUGCAAUUUUUACAUUUUUGGAUGAUCACAUAGAAGACUUGAAAACUCAUUUACAAAAUGGGACUCGAUUUAUUUGGGAUUAA